CUGGAGCAGCAGCAGCAGCAACAACAGCAGCAGCUAUUACUGGAGCAAUGCCUGAGUAAGCUUACUCCAGAGGAGGAGAACAUUUGCCCAACCUAGAAGCCACCUUGCACACUUUCUUGGGUUCCAUUGCUCCGCUGGUGGGCCUUCCAUUGGUUGGACCUUUUCAUCAUGAGUGGAUCUUUCGACAAGAAGAUCACCAGCAUCUUGACUGACAUCUCCAGUUCCCUCAGUUGCCAUGCGGCCACUAAGGACUCCCCCACUCUCCCUGAGUCGUCCAUCACAGAUCUGGGUUACUACAGCACCCCGCAUAACCAGCACGAGUAUUACCCCAGCCAGCCUUACACUCAGCCUAUGAAUCAUUAUGCGUACCAUCCCCAGUUUAAUCUAAAUGGGAUUGGAGGUGCUGGGACAUACUCCCCUAAAUCUGAUUACACCUACAGCACCUCGUACAGGCAAUAUGGAUCUUUCCGGGAGCAGCAGUUGUCCAGUCAAGAAGCAGUUUCAGUGAAGGAAGAACCAGAACCAGAAGUACGGAUGGUCAAUGGGAAACCCAAAAAAAUCCGAAAGCCACGCACAAUAUACUCCAGUUACCAGCUGGCUGCGUUGCAAAGGAGAUUCCAGAAGGCGCAGUACCUGGCUUUGCCAGAGAGGGCAGAAUUGGCUGCACAGCUUGGACUGACACAGACUCAGGUGAAAAUCUGGUUCCAGAACCGAAGGUCCAAGUUCAAGAAGUUGUACAAAAAUGGAGAGGUGCCCCUGGAACACAGCCCCAACAACAGUGACUCCAUGGCUUGCAAUUCUCCGCCGUCUCCCACACUCUGGGACAGUAACACCCACAACAACCCAGCCAACAGGAGUCAACUCCCCCAGCCGCUUUCCUAUAACUCUCCACCAAGCUACUUGGAGGACCAUAAUUCUUGGUACCACCAUCAGAACCUGAGCGGGUCUCACUUACAACAACAGGGACCUCCGCCCACUUCUGGCUCUAUGCAUCACCCAUCUCCGGGGCCUCCUCCCAAUCCUGGAGCGGUAUAUUAACCUCCUUUGCCUCCACCACGAAACCAGUGGAGCAGGAAAAAUGGAAUGAGGGAGAGAGGGAGGGAGACAGAGAGGGAGAAACAGAGAGACAGCAACAAGUCAAAAUGCUUUGAUGUGUUUCAUAGGACAUGUACACAUUCCAUCCCAUCUCAGGAACAACUGAACUGCAACAGGGUUAAGACAUUUUGGGAGAUCACCUAAAAAUAGGGGAGAAAGUGAAAGACAGGAGGAAGGGGGGAAGAGAGCUUGUGAUCCAUGUUGUAUGUCAACCAAAUUGGUUUCACCCAGACUAUAUUACGAAUCUCAACUUCCUGUGUGGUUUAUCUGUGGGCAGCUUUUCCCCCAUCAUCACUAUCGGCUAUGUGCAGAACACACGUGAUUGGGAAAAUCCCUUACUUGGCUAAGGAAGCUCUAAGAAUCACACUGCACAACUCCAGGUUUCCAAGAAGAAAGUAUACAACUGGUUUUAUUUUUCUUGUCUUACUUUUUUUUAAUUAUUCUAUUUUGCUGUUAACUUCCCAAGCAAAGUGGUUUAGAGAAGCAUCUUCCUGAAGACUACUUUGAAAGGACUGGCAGAACUUCAAAAACCAAUUAAUGUCUUCCAUGGUAGGAACUGGAUUUGUCUCGUUACUCAUUCGUGCAGUCAGGGAACAGGGAUCAACCCCAGACAUCUAUCUCUCUCUAAUCCUACAUGCCCUCUUGCAAUGACUAUCUAGUUAGAAAUGGAAAAGACCAUUUUAAGAAAUAGUGGGGGGCAGCAGACAUACACUGUCAACAAUGUUUUUAAAAACUCUAUAUUGUAUGGAUUUAGGAUUAAAGUCAAUUCUUAGAUUAUAUGUAAUACAGAACUGUAUAUUAACAUAAAGCUAUUGGAGAA